CAGCCCGGGAAGCUACAGGCGGCCAGCCCGGAGCACGAGCCGCUGCCGCUCUCCCCAGGCACCUGCGCUUCCCCCGGCCCGAGGCGAAGCAUCCGCAGCGUCCCCCGGAGCCCGGCGGGGAGCCAUGGGCGCGCUGCCCGCCAGCCGGCUCCUGGGCUGCCUGCUGCUCUUCUCCUUCCUCUCGGCAGCCCCCGCGGGCCGGGCGGACUUCGCCGAGCCGCGGGGCAGAGCGGCCAGGAUCAAAGUCAACCCCCGCGGCAGCCUCUGGGCCACAGGUCACUUCAUGGGGAAGAAGAGCAUUGCGGCCUCCCCGCUUCUGGAGUCUCCGGGAGAUGCUGCAGCGAACUCCAUCCCAAUGGCCUUCAGCCCGACUCUCCGAGCUGUCUUGCAGGACAUGAAAGAGCUGCUUACCAGAGAGCUCCUGAAAAUCCUCUUGCAAGAGAGACUAAUAGAUGAGAACCAAGGAAAAUCUGAGCUUCAAAACCAGGAGAUGGGAUUGGUAAUGAAGGUGCUGGAGAAAUACCUUUCAAACUGAAGAAGGGACGAAGGGACCGUGUACAUAGACGACUGAGUCCAGCAUCAGGAAGGCCUGGCUGGUUUGUAGUAAACACCAGGGAAUGUUUGAAUUAUGGUUCUGUGGAGCUACAUCACUCUUAUGAUUUAGUAUUACUGUAAUAUUGUGAAUAUUGACCAUCUGUAUGAAGAAAGCCCCAAAGCCCUGACUGUAUAUUUCCCUUGCAUUUUCUGCAUUACUGCUGAGGUCAAAGAGCCCUUGUGAAUAAAACUCUUUGCACAGCA